AUGCUCCAGAGUCGUUUGGAAGAUACGUGCUAUAUCAUUGUUCUUGAUGACAUCUGGACCACAGAAGCAUGGGAUCUCAUUGUUAGGUCAUUUCCUGACAAUGAUAAGUCAAGUAGAUUGCUACUUACCAGCCGCAGAAUGGAGGUUGCUUUGCAUGCCGAUGCCCAUACUACGCCCUACAAACUUGAAGUAUUGAGUGAAGAGGAGAGUUGGGAACUCUUUCUCAAGAAAGCAUUUUCCGAGAAUAGAGAGUGCCCACAAGACUUGGUGGAUGUGGGGAAAGCGAUUCUGCAAAAAUGUGACGGCUUGCCACUGGCAAUCACUGUCAUGGGAGGCAUCUUGGCUGGGAAGAAGAAGCGAAAAAGUGAGUGGCAGAGAGUACAGAGAAACCUCAGUUCAUACCUUGUCAAAACUCAUGGCGUAUCAACAAUUUUGGCGUUGAGUUAUCGGGACUUACCUCCCCACUUAAAGUCUUGCUUUCUCUACUUAGGCCUUCUCCAAAAAGGCAAAGACAUCCUUGUGAAGCAACUCAUGCACGUAUGGAUUGCCCAUGGUCUUAUUCAUCAAAAGGAAGAACAAAAAUUAGAGGACAUUGUGGAGGAUUAUCUUGAUGAGCUCAUUGGCAGAAAUAUGCUUCAAGUAAUCCUAGUUAGAGCAGAUGACAAAGUUAAAAGUUGCCGACUCCAUGAUCUCCUACGAGACUUUUGCAAUAUAAAGGCCAAGGAAGAAAUAUUUCUCGAGGUAGAUAAUCCAUCUAUAUCCCUCUCUGAAUCUCGGCACCAUGUCCUUUACUCUCCGCUAGAGAGGUACAAAUAUUUGGGAGAUUCAAAAUCGUUUGUAAGAUCCGUUCUAUCCUUUGAUUCAUCGGCUAAACUAGUUAACCUUGAUUGUAUUUGUACAAGUAGUUUCAAACUUCUCAAAGUACUAUACAUAGACUCUCCUGGUUUAAAGGUGAUCUCAGAUAAUAUUGGGAAACUAUGUUCCUUAAAUACUUAG